GACGCCGGGCCCACGUCUGAAGGAGUCAGCCAUGUUCAAGCGACUCGCAUCCCAACGAACGAAACGACGCGCCGGGCGUGCGCGCACGCGACGCGGGCUCACGGGCGUGCUGGCGAUGAUGUUCCUCAUCAUGUUCGCCUCGCUCGCCACCGCGAUGGCCGUCGUCUCCAAGGGCAACCUCCGCACCGCGGACACGCACCGGCGCGUCGGGCGCGCCCAGGCCGCGACGGACGCGGCCCUGGAGAUCGCCCAGCGCCGCCUCGAGGACGCCACCGCGCGCUUCUUGGUCGCCAAGGGCGAGAUCACCCCCGCGUAUGCCCUGCAGCUCUGGUCCGGGACGUACCCCUCCACCCCCGUCGUCACCGUGCUCCCGCCCGUCGACGGCUCGGCCGAGGCGGCCCUGCCCGGCGGCAUCCGAGAGGCUCUGGAGAACCGCUUCGACGCGGACGAGGCGGCGAACAUCGAGGCCACCAUCUCCCUCCCGAGCCCGCCGACGGACUGGAUCGUCGCCCGCCCCAUCGGGCUCGACCGCGACGCGAACGGCGACAUCGUCUCCGCCGCGCAGAUCACCUACCUCCCGCCGGACGCCAACGGCGACGUCCUCGUUGUCGCGACGGGCUACGAGUGGGACUGGGUGCAGCAGCGCUGGAUGACGCGCACCGCCCAGCAGCGCUUCGGGCUCUCCAAGCGCGUCGAGCACGCGAUCCUCGCGCCGUCGCGCAUCAUGAUCGGCCGCAACGUGCAGGUCGACGGCCCCCUCGGCGCGCGCUACAACUCGCAGGCCCUCGACACGCUCGACGGACCGCCGCUCGUCGUGAAAUCCGACUUCCUGGGCAUCAACGCCACGCUCGAUUCCAAGCUCGAGGACUUCUACGCCGCGGUGCUCACCGACGACACGGACGGCGACAACCGCCUCCGCGAGCUGCACGCGACCGAAUCGUCCUCCCUCGCAUCGCUGAACGCCGAGGACUACGACGGCGACACGCUGGGCGACCUCGCCUUCCAGGACGAGACGCUCGACGGCACCGUCGACGAGUUCGACAUCUUCCUGAAGCACUACGACGCGAACGGCGACGGCAAGGUCGUCCUCUCCGACGCGCUCACGCAGGGCACGCCCCACGCCGGGCAGACGGCGGAGUUCACCGCCGACGACGCGCUCGCGCUGCUCAUCGACUCCGGCAACCCGGACCGCAACCGCAACGGGCGGUUCAACGGCCGCUUCACCGCCGGCGCGUGGGACUUCGGGACGUUCAAGGACAACAACGGCGACGGCACGAUCGACGCGAGCGACGUGGACGCGGACGACGUCACCCUCGGCUACCGCGACGGCGCGAUCGACCGGCGCGACGUGUACGCCAAGAUCCGCGGGCACGUCACCUUCCGCGCCGACCGCGCGGACUGGGAAUCCUCCACCGGCUUCGACGGCGAGACCGUGCUCGACUACCAGCGCGACGUGCAGGGCGCGAUCCGCGCCGGCGAGGAGCAGCCCGUCAGCUUCAGCGCCACCGACGAGGAACUCCCCGCGAUCAGCGCCGAUUCGUUCAACGACGCGACCGCCACCCUCAUCACGCUCGCCGACGGCGACGACUUCGCCACCCAGGUCGCCGCCCAGGGCGGCUCGACGGAGACGAAGAUCGAGUCCACCCCCUUCGGCUCGCCCACGCCCGCAGACUACUACGAGCGCCCCGUCUACCGGAACAUGGUCUUCCGCGACGUCGUGAUCCCCAUGGGCACGAACGGGCUGUUCAUCGACUGCGAGUUCAUCGGCGUCACACGCAUCGAGUGCUACCAGGACAACACGCACGACUCCUGGAUCUUCUACGGCCACGAGCGUCUCGACACCGAGACGGGCACGCUCUCGGUCACCUACCCGCCCCCGCCCGCCAUCUCCGACGCGCAGCUGGACAAGUCCUACGCCGACCCCGCGCAGCCCGGCUACGACGCGCUGCCCGACCCGCUCAUCGUGAGCGUCGACCUCGACGGCGACGGCACCGCGAACGACCAGUGCACGAACACGAAGCUCAUCACCAACAACAUCCGCUUCCACGACUGCCUCUUCGUCGGCGCGAUCGUCUCGGACAAGCCGACUUCGUUCCACGCCGUCCGCGCCAAGCUCCAGUUCACCGGCGCGACGCGCUUCGCGAGCGUCCACCCCACGCUCCCGGACGACCCGGCGUACAACCCCGAGUCGUCGGACAUGGAGGCCAUCUCACGCUCGAGCAUGAUGCUCCCGAACUACUCCGUCGACAUCGGCACCAACAACUCACCCCCGACGCAGGACGUCCGCCUCUCCGGCGCGAUCAUCGCCGGCGUGCUCGACGUCCGAGGCAACGCCGAGAUCGAGGGCGCCAUCCUGACGACCUUCGAACCGGUGUACGGCUCCGACCCGCUCUCGAUCUACGGCGAGCCCGUCGGCAACCCGGCGAACUACAACAUCACGCUCGGCUACUUCGGCCCCGACGACGGCGACGGCGAGGGCAUCGACCUCACCUCCCUCUCCGACCUCGACGGCGACGGCAACGUGGACAUCGGCUGGGACAGCGCCCGCGACGCGACCGGCGCGCUCAUCCCCGUCGCCGGAUUCUCGGGCACGCACGACGACGCGUGGUACGACGGCGUGCCCGACACAGACGCGGACAUCGACCCGGGCAACUUCGUCCGACGCGCGAUCACGUUCGAGGGCUACGGCAGCGUGAAGCUCAUGUACGACCCGGACCUCAUCCUCCCCGACGGCCUCGCGACGCCCCGGCGCCGCCGCGCCGGCUUCUCCCUCGUCGAAGCGCUCAUCGCGAUAGCCAUCUCCGGCGCGCUCCUCGCCGCGAGCGCCGUCGCGCUGGACACCAUGUUCAAGAGCUACGAGCAGACCACCGACAGCGCCUCGACACACAUCGUCUCCCGCAUCGUCAUGAACCGUGUCCUCGGGAUGGUGCGCACGGGCGUCGACUUCGCGCCGGUGCCCGACGACGUCCUCGACGCGGACGACAACCCUCUCGCGUGCGACUACUUCGAGUUCCAAUCCGCGGACAACGAGACCACCCGCAUCGAGUUCCGCCUCGUCGGCGAGGCCGCGAACCUCCGCAUCUGGCAGCCGGGCGGCACCCCCGACCCCGCCUACACCCCCGCCCAGCUCCCGGGCGAGAUCUGGUACGUCCGCGAGCAGGCCGACGGCACCCUCCUCGACGAGCAGCUGCUCCUCUCGGGCGUGCAGUCCUGCGUCUUCACGCUCACCUACGACAUCGGCCCCCGCCUCCGCCGGGCCACCAUCGACUUCGUCAUCGAGGCCGACCCCGAAGAAGAGAUCACCGUCGCGGCCGAUUCCGUGCCGCAGACGGUGCGGCUCGUGGCGAGCGCGGCACGGAUGUCAUCCAAUCAACUCUCGGACGUCGGGCUCGUCGGGCUCGCGGUCAUGGGCCAGAACCUCGUGCUCAACAUGGCCGACCACGGCUUCCGCGUCUCCGUCUACAACCGCACCACUUCCAAAAUGACCGAGUUCGUCGAGGCCAACCCGCCCAAAGCCUUCGGCGACACGGGCGGGUGCGUCGUCGGGCAGGCCGAGCUGGCCGACUUCGUGCAGUCCAUCAAGAAGCCCCGACGCAUCGUCAUCCUCGUCCAGGCCGGCAAGGCGACGGACGCCGUGAUCGACGGGCUCGUCCCGCUCCUGGACAAGGGCGACCUCAUCAUCGACGGCGGCAACGCCCAGUGGGAGGACACGAUCCGGCGCGAGAAGGCCCUCACGGAAAAGGGCCUGCUCUUCGUCGGCUCGGGCGUCUCGGGCGGCGAGGAGGGCGCGCGGUUCGGGCCCUCGCUCAUGCCGGGCGGCAAGCCGGAGAGCUGGGAGCUGCUCAAACCCAUCUGGACGGCCAUCGCCGCGAAGGUGGACCCCAAGACCGGCAAGCCCAUCGAAGGGGCCGCGCCCGCGAAGCCGGUCAAGGGCGGCGAGGCGUGCACCUCGUACAUCGGGCCGGACGGCGCCGGGCACUACGUCAAAAUGGUGCACAACGGCAUCGAGUACGCCGACAUGCAGAUGAUCUGCGAGGCGUACGACCUCAUGCAGCGCGUCGCCGGCAUGACGCCCAGCGCCAUCUCGGACGUCUUCCACGACUGGAACGGCGGCGACCUGGAUUCGUUCCUCAUCGAGAUCACCGCGGACAUCCUCAAGCAGGCCGACCCCCGCACCGGCAAGCCCUUCGUGGACAUCGUCCUCGACACCGCCGGCCAGAAGGGCACCGGGCGCUGGACGAGCAUCUCGUCGCUCGACUUCGGUGUCCCCGCGAACACCAUCGCCGAGGCCGUCUUCGCCCGCGCGCUGAGCGCCAUUAAAGAAGAACGCGUCGCGGCCUCAAAAAUCAUCAAGUCCUCCGCCGACCCCGCGAAGGCCCUCGGCGCGAUGUUCGACGACGCGGAGAGCUUCGUCAGCGCCGUCGGGCAGGCCCUCUACUGCGCCAAGAUCUGCUCCUACGCCCAGGGCUUCCAGCUCAUGCGGGCCGCGAGCGAGCACUACGGCUGGAGCCUGAACUUCGGCGAGAUCGCGAGCAUCUUCCGCGGCGGCUGCAUCAUCCGCGCCCGCUUCCUGCAGAAGAUCACCGAGGCGUACGAGAAGGAUGCGAACCUCGCGAACCUCCUCCUCGACCCGUACUUCGCGGGCGUCAUCGCCAAGAGCGAGGACGCGUGGCGGAAGGUCUGCGCCGUGGCGUGCAUGGCGGGCGUCCCCUCCCCCGCCUUCGGCAGCGCGCUGGCCUACUACGACGGCUACCGCACCGCCCGCGUCCCGGCCAACCUCCUCCAGGCGCAGCGCGACUACUUCGGCGCCCACACCUACGAGCGCGUGGACGAGCCGCGCGGGAAGUUCUUCCAUCUGGACUGGCCGGCGUCGCCACGGGUGGAAUCCGAGGCUGACGUAGUCGCUGCACGCCUCGAAACGCUCCCAGAGCUCGAGCACCAUCGGGUGCUGGUGGGCGCGUCCGAUCGCGUCCUCGUCCACCCAUUCCGAGAUUUCGAUGAUCGCGCCCUCCUUCGAGCGGAGAAGGAUCUCCGGGCGAUCCGUCGCCAUGCCCAGCUCGCGCAGGAGCGGGAGUCGCGAGGCGAUCACCUCGCGGAGCUGGGCCUCUUUGCCCUCGUGCGGCUUGAACGCGGCAAUGACGACUCGUCCCAUGGCCCCGCACCUCGGAGCGGCGCGGGGCACGACGCGGAGUCGUCGUACGUGCCGUCCGACGGCGGGGCCCUCGUGGUGGAAGAGGGGAGCGCGUCCGCGAGCGAUCGGCGCUGGUCGGGCGACGCCUGGGAGCGUCAGAACGACGGCCGGCACAACAGCCGGGGCGACGACCAGAACGACAGACGGGCCGCGGGCCGGUCUCAGGCACGGGUCAACCCGGGGGCGGGUCACGGAUCACCUCACGCGGAGAGCGUCUCCGCGAUGUUCACGGAACUGGCGGUCGCCGCGGGGUACGCGCUCAGCGCCGAACGCGCCAGCGAACAGCAGCACGGCAUUCUUUGUCGCGCACCAGCGAUGAAUCUCACACCCAAGCAGCUCAAGAUCCUUCAGCUCAUCCGCGACAGCCGGGUCCGGCAUGGCUAUUCCCCAACGAUGCAAGAGCUCGCCGACGAGCUCGGCGUCAGCAAGGUCACCGUGUUCGAGCACGUCGAGGCCCUCAUCAAGAAGGGCGCGCUCGUGCGCGAGCCGAACAAGGCUCGCUCUUUGUCGAUCGCUGAGGGCGUCGCGCUGCCCGACGAGGAGACGCCCCUGCGCUUCCCCCUCGUCGGCAAGAUCGCCGCGGGCUACCCCAUCGAGAAGUUCGAGGAUACCGACACCCUCGACCUGGCCGAGCUCUUCGGCGACCGCCUCCGCCAGUCGGGAGGCUCCUUCGCCCUCCGCGUCGACGGUGAUUCCAUGAAGGACGAGGGCAUCUUCGACGGCGAUUACGUCAUCAUCGAACGCCGCUCGAGUGCGAGCAACGGCGACCGCGUCGUCGCCCUCCUGCCCAACGGCGAGACCACCCUCAAGACCUUCUUCAAGGAAGGCGACCACAUCCGCCUCCAGCCCGCCAACGACGACUUCGAGCCCAUCAUCGUCAAGGACUGCAAGAUCCAGGGCAUCGUCACCGGCGUCCUCCGCCGGUACUAG